AUGAGGAAUCUUUGCUGGCUUCUUGCUGUUCCCAUGGCAAUCCUGCCCCUGGGCUCGGCCAUUGUGGGCACUGGACGGGAUUUUCUGCUGACGCCGAAGCAAGGACAUCAGUUGACGGGCAAGCGGAUUUUCUACGAGGAGCCUGUGGAGGAAAGGACGCCGAACCAGAGGCGCAAUUCCUUGGAGCGUCCUUGGGAGCGAACUUUGAAGCAUGUCACGUAUGUGACGCUCUUCACGGACUCGGCCGUUGGCGCAGCAGCCGGAAACCUGAGUCAGCUGCAUGAGUAUCACGACUUCCUGCAGACUCCCUAUGUGCCGGCGGAUGUCCAAAGUGGAGGAGCUUCGCUGGGAGGAGCGCCGCCGUCGUCGCGUUUCGGGGAUAUUAUCACCCUGGCCAAGGGAUAUUUGGAGCAGGUGCCGUCUGGCCAGGGAAAUGCCUCCUCCUAUCGCUUCCUCGAGGGCGGCACGUGCUUCCAGCUCAAGUGCCCCUCGCCGAAUCCCAACCAGCGGCGGGCUCUCUGGCAGGUGCAGCGCAUCCGCCAUCGGGAUGGCGAGCAGGGUCGUCACUACCACUACGAGAUGAAGUUCAGUGUGACGCCGCUGGAUGCGAAGGCCUGGCAGCCGCACCAUCCGAUGAGCUACAUCCAGAAGGAGUCCGAUUAUCCGGGCAGUUUCAAGCGUUUGGCCCACGAUCAGGGAUUCCAGAGGCGUCAGGAUCGGGAGAGGUAUGCAGCCGAACAGCCGCAGGCCACCUUUGUCCAUGGCAUCUUUCAGCCCGCUCCUCCUAAUCCUCCGCCGAAGCUGAACAUCGGUGAGUACUUGAAGGGAGCGGUGGCUCAAGGGAGUCCCAAGCUGGAGCUCUUCCCGGGUCUCUUUAAUCUGGGACUGCGUCCCAAUUACGUGGCCCCGACGACCUUUCGUCCCAACUAUCCGGCUGCCUUGAAGUUUGUGCCUCAUCCGGAAUUGGAGAGGUUUCCCAGCAGCCACAAUGAAAGUCCUGGUGAAGUGGGUGCCACGCCGGGCGCCGUAACUCAUCACUUUCAUCACCACUUCUAUGUGGCUCCUGGAGCAGAGCCCGAGUAUCAUCGAUUGCCUGGCUCCUCCUCCUCUUCAUCUCCUCCUGAACUGACCACGCCUUCUAGCUUUUAUCCGCAUCACCAGACCGUCCAGUUUCCCAGCUCGAAUUCCGGUUCAUCGGAGUCUCUGGAGGAGCAGGAGCAGGAUUUACUCCUCCGCACACCGCAGAUCUAUGGACAGGCCUCCAAGUACCAGACGGCCAAGCUGCCGCCGCUGCUGAUCUAUCCGGGUAGUCCUGAUGAAGACAAGUCCUUUGUGCACAGCGAGCCGCUGGAGGAGACUAUCUAUCGGUAUUCCGAACCGGAUCCCCUGUAUGUGCACCAGAAUCCCAUCGAUGUGCUGCAGCAGGACAAGCAGGAGCAGGAUCAAGAGCAGGAGCAGGAAAGAGGGGAACUAAUUACCACCAGUGCACCGCCGAGUACCCAAGAGCCCCAGGAACCGUCGACCACUAAAGCCACAACCACUGAGCGCAGCACUCAGGUGAUCCCCACAACAGCGGCCAGUUUCGUGUCCACCUCCACGCACUUUAGUCCCCUGCGCUCCAUCAGCAGAUAUCGCACCACACCGAAGAUAACUGCCGGUCGAUCGACCACCACAACCACUUCGACCAGCACGGAACCACCGCUAAACAAGUGGGCCAAGCGGCGCAAGGAGCAGCAGGACAGCAAGGGGAAGAGCAGCCUUCGCCACGAGGCCUUCGUCAGCACCACUUCGACUAGUACUUCUACUACAACCACUACUCCAAGUCCGCCUCCAACUACGACUGCAGCUACUCCACCACCUGAUCCACCCGCUCCUCCCAGGGAGGUGGUGGAGGUGCUCACCCAGAAGUCGGUCAGCCGCUCGGUGAGCAUCAAGGUGGGCGAGAACGGCGAGGAGAUACCUAUCAUUGUGGACGACGAGGAGAACGAGGUGAAGCCAGUACCAAAUAAAUAGCACCCUAUACUUAAUAAUCUUAUAAGUAAGCCUAGUCUUAAGCAGACUUAAUCACAGGGUUCGGAAAAUAACACUUGUGUUAUUAAUAUGUUAAAUGUGUUAAGUUCAAACAAAGUUAUUGA